UUCAUUCACAUGUUACUGAGCUGUACUGUUGUAAAAGAUUGCUGUGUUUGAGCGUGCAGUGUGAAGGCGUGGUUUAUCAAUGACAAUAUUUGAGUCGAUUUGAUCUUUUUAAUGACGUUCUAUAAAAUAUAUUGCAACACAUAACAGAUAUAAAUCAUGAAGUUGCAGCUGUUUCAAAUUAUCCUGGAUCAAACACAAGCUGUGUAUGCACCAGGAAACGUGGUUUCAGGGCGUGUUGAUAUCGCCGUUGAGAAGGAUGUAAAUCUUCGUUUGUGCGAAAUACAUUUUAAAGGCUUGGCUAAUGUUCAUUGGAGUGAACAACACUCAUCUGGAAGCGGUAAAAAUCGUCACACACGUACAGUGCACUAUCGGGCCAAUGAAGAUUACUUUAAUGUCCAGCAGCAACUUCUUGUUAAAGGUGCCAAUAAUGAAGUAGUGUUGAGUGCAGGACACCAUUGCUUUCCAUUCAGUUUCCAGCUGCCUCAUUCAAACUUACCAACAACGUUUGAGGGCGCCCACGGAUGGGUGCGUUAUUACCUGGAGGCAGUGCUUGAUGAAACUUGGUGGAAAUUUAACAAACGCUGUAAAGUAGGGAUUACCGUCAUCAGUCCAGUAGACUGUAAUGCUAAUCCAGUUUUACUAAAUCCUAUGAGAAGAGAUGAAACUAAAGAAGUAUGCUGCUGUUGCUGUGCGACCCACAUAAAUGCAUCGUUUGAGAUCCAGCGCCAAGCGUACUGUGCUGGUGAAUCUAUAGUGCAUACCGGCGAAGUGAACAACGGAAGCUCACGUGACCUUGAGCCAUUUAUUGAGUUAUAUCAGAGGGUCCUUUUUAAAGCCACUCGCAAAACCCGCAAGAUUGACAACCUUGUAUGUAAAAUUUCCGAGCCAGAAAUCGGUGAGGGAAAACGUCACGGAUGGAACCAAAAACCUCUCCUUAUCCCACCAAUUGCACCCACUCUAACAAACUGUAGCAUCAUCGAGGCAUCAUACUUUGUCAGGCUGCACGUGGAUAUUCCAAUGGCGGUGGAUUGCCGUAUUGAUAUUCCGGUAUUGAUUGGUACGAUACCAGCAAAUGUGUACAGCAGUGGAUAUAACACUCAAUAUGGAGUGGUAACACAACAACCGUCUGCACCUCCUGUUGCUUUUGCUGACCCCUACCCAAACCUUCCACCACCAUCGUAUGCUUCAUGUGUGUUUGGAGCAGUGGACAUGAAGGAAGAAGAUACAUCAGACGACGCAUUCAUGGGCAGCACAGGCUUUGUGCCAAUGUAUACAUACUAUGGUCAACCUCCUCCAGCAUCUACCGGUCAGAUUUAAGUUAAGCCUACUCCCAGUACUUGUCAGGUUUAGGCUGAAUUAUCUUUAUCAUCAUUAUAAAAAAUGUGAUAAAAUGUAUAAAUCUUAAAAUUAAAAUAGUGUCGGUUCUUUAUUAUGUAUAAACUAAGACUAGACUAGAUGAAAUUCAUUCAUGUGUAAAUCCUGUAUUAAAGUUAAAACUAACAUUUAUGUGAGGCUUUUAAAUACACUGAUGGUUCCUGUAUAUCAUAGUACAUAGAAAACUACUAUCCUGUCGCAUAUUGUCCAGCUAACAAUUUUACGUUAUAAGAACUUUUUGUGGUAAUAUUAGAAUACACAUAUAGUAUAUACUGAUUUUGUUGAUACAUUAGCCAAGAAGUAAAUUUUAUCCAUGUGUAGCAUGAUUUCUUUUUCACAGUCAGAAAAACUUAUUUUGUAAAGCAAAGCAGUAUUGAUUGUGCAUCUUUGAUUCUGAGUGAUGUUAAUGUUAACUAAAGACAAGAGCCACCUUGUGGUGGAAUCAUACAAGGCUCCAAAUUUGGAACAAGUCGCAUCCUGAAUAUCUGGUAAAAUGAGCUUUCUUAAACACAUCUAAUUUUUAUUUUUGUGUGCGUGGAUGAUACCUAUCGUCCCCGAUUUCCGUGAGACUAUUGAUAAAUAAACUUGUAAAAACGUGCAAGUAUUAUGAAUUUGCGGAA